UAAUUGAUUUUUAUGUUUCCAAUAAUUACAAAGGGAAUAUAAAUAAGCAUGAAUAAAUAAAUUUUUUGUUCUGCUCCCACAUGUCUAAUGUAUGAGGCUUAUGUAUUUUUGGGGGGGUUGCUAUGGCCUGGAGGCUCCUGUCGCCUGCAGUGUCCUCAUCCUACAAGCCGGCCCUCCUCCCUUCAUGUUUUUGCUUUCACAAUCCCCCUUAUGUUCAUAAUUAUCCUGUUUACCUUUGCUUUUUCUUUUAAGUCUGCUGCUUAUUUCCGCUUCAUAUUGCUUGUAGCCGGUAACCCCUCCCUAAUAUCCUCUGUUGUCCAUUGAUUUGAAGGGAUCUGACAGGUGCAAGCAAUAUUGUAGAAGCUGUCUCAUCCUUCACUUCACUGCAGUCGGCUUUGAGGAAAUAGGUUGUCAGCUGCUACAGGCUGCUCUGAAAGAUAAAGUUCAGAAAUGGAACAUUUGUCUGGAUGUUUUUAAGCGACAAAACAAUCUGACAUGAUGACUCUCAAAGUGUUUGUGCUGAGCUUCCUCAUUGGAGCAGCUUUCUCCACACCUCAAAAAGAUGAGGAGUCCAAAGUCUUACUCCAGAAAGAGGACUUUUACAUUCUGCUGCCAUCGCAGUUGCUGGAGGUCUCAUUUACAAACAGGUCUAACCCUCGGGCUCCCGUCCUCCUGAUGAGGGGAGGAAAGCUGGUCGGCAGCAGACAGGACAAACUCAGCCUGAACCGCGACCACCUCAUUGUCAAGAAUGUUGGUGAAGGGGAUGAGGGGCUGUACACCUUGAAGGACCCAAACGGCGUCCAGCGAAUCAGGCUCACAGUCCGAGACUGCACCUUUGAGCGGCUGAUUGACUAUGGAGGCAACUUCCAUAUACCUCUGUGGGAGGCGAACCCUGUCAUCACAGUUGAGUUCCGGCCCAAGGCAGUGGAGGCCAACCAGACAUCAAGUCCUGCUCUGGUUGUGCUGACUGCUGCCGGGGACACCACACCACCCUAUCAAGGUCGGGCAACAAUGGGUGAGCGUGUCUUCACCCUCAACGCUGUCACAGGUGCAGAUGAGGGCAGCUACACGGUAAUGGAUUAUAAAGGUGCUACCAAGAAUAAAGUGUGCUUAAAUGUCAAAGCACACCAACACUUUGAGACCCCGGCGUACGGUAAAAAACUGAAGAUCAACCUGAUCGUCAACAGCACUUUGGUUCAGCUCUACUACAACACUGAUCAGGGCUCCCAUCUCCUUCUGGAUAAAGGAGAAUUUACAAAUGCUCCAGCAGAGCUGGGUUUUCAGGACCGUCUCUCCCUGGAAGGCUCCAUUGUUUUUCUCGAUCAGCUUAAGGAAACAGACAACGGUGUGUUCAUGAUUAAGGACAUGCAGGGGUUCGUUUUCUCCAACAUCCAUCUGAAAGUGAAACCUCAGAGGCUGGAGUUACUCUAUGUGGCCAUCAUUGCACUGUUGGGCAUUCUGGCUUUCCUUCUGCUUGUCUGCCUGCUGUCCUGUCUGAUCAAAGUGAAGAAGAGGGCCAAGAGGGCCGCUGCCUUGGAGAAACUGGCCCAGAAUGCUGGCAAAGAAGAUGAGGGAGAAGCAUUUAGACAGGUGGUGAAGAACAUCACAAAACUCAGCGAGGAAUCCAAACACUCUCAAGCUGACAACACCGAGAAAUCUCAGAGCACUGAGGUGGACAUCAAAGGUCUGGAGGUUUCCUCCAAAGAGGUUGGGGUUGGUAAUCUAGAGACCAGUGACUCAGGCGUGGGCUUUAACACUGCUCUCCCGCUGGACACCGACACUGAUGCCGCUGAUCAAAUCCCCGAUUCCGAGGCUGUAAGCAUCUCCAUUGCUCCUGAACCCAAACCAAGUCAACCAUCUGCUACCGAGUCCAAGCCAAGUGCGGAAAUUAAACCCAGCCCACCUCCUGAAACCAAAGUCAGCCCAGUCCCCGAAAUCAAGACAACUUCUGAAAAACCGGAGGAAGUAAAGUUAGAUAUUCCCAAGAAAGCAGAUUUGAAACCAACUCCAGAACCGAGCCCAGAUCCCAAAGCCGUUCUGAGCUUAGCUGAUCCAAAGUCUCCACCCAGCUCAAGCCCAGAACCAAAACCAGCUGCCCCCAAAGCCACCACUCCAGUACCUGAAACCACCCUAGCUCCCACACCCGAGGCCCCCAAACCAGCUACACCAGAACCCAUCAUCAACGGUACACCUGAGCCGGGGCUGGUCUCCAAACCCAGCCCAGAUCAUUUGGGCACUGGAGAAACAAUCGCAAAAGUUGCCUCGCCUAAAACCCCUGAAGUCGAGCUGAAAUCAAGUAGUGUUGUUCCAGAGGCCAGCAAGGAGGGUGCUGUCGCCGAGAGCUCUGCAUCCACCUGAGAGGUGUCCUCCCCACCAAGAGUCCCAAAGGAAACCCCACAGAUCACAACACCACUGCAGACAAUCAAACCCCCCGCCCUUACCAAACCGCAUCAGCCGGGGCCUGGACAACCUGGAAUUCCACCAAGACUUCCUGAUCAAAAACAUGAUAUGUGAUUGUUAAAGCCUUGUUUUCCACUAUCUUUACUGUAAAACUGCCAAACUGCAACUGAAAUCAUUUGCAGAGUUUACGACUAACAACGCUAACUCGGUCAGAUAUUUUUUUCAUUUUCUUUUUUUAUUUUAAGAUACACAGAUACGUUUACAGCAUUUCAUUGAAUCCAUAUCAAGACCAUAUUCAUGAUCAGACAGGAUUGCAAAAAGGCAAACACCAACCCAGAUAAUGGCAGUCAGAACCAAUGAGGUUUUGUAUCCUGCCAAUAUUUCUUAGAUGUAAGACAUUCGCUACGAGGAUUUUUGCAUGACAUCAUCCACACACACACGAACCAAUAGUGCUGAAGGAGAUAAGAUUAAGUUACGAUUUUGGAUAAUUCCAUUUUAGUUCAAACUGACUGAUUAAUAUCAUUACACUUUUUUCUACAUCUUAAAAUUAUUUCUCUAUUUAACGUUAACAUGAUCAAAUCUUCAGUGGAACAGAGAUCUUUAUGUUUGCACUCAUGCACGUCUGCUGGUUCUGGUGUGCAGUAAAAUAGCAUAAGAAAUUGACAAAAACUGAAAUGAACUUGACUAUUUAGACAUUUUGGGAGGCUCAUUAGCAGAUCGUUGACUUUCACCUGGCCUUUCCUUAAAAUUAUCCAACCAUAGUAGUGUUUUUUAUCCGAAAAAUUAGGUUUUGUGUCCACAACUUUUAAAGCCAUAAGACAAUUUCAGAUGUCAAAUUUGAUACUAAACCCAACGCAAAAACAUCCUAUUAAAAUAUUGACAUCAGCGUGCCUCAACAUCGAACAAAAUAAUGACAUCAUGAGGCGAGACGAGGGCAUUCUGAUAAAAAAAAUGGGCUUGACGCUGCACAGGCCUCAUGGUCUAGAUCUGUGAGGGAACCACAAACCCAUCUGGGAAAAACCAUCAUGGCUUUUCAUUUUUGGACUAACAUAAAAACCACAAACACACAACGCACUUUUGUAAAUACUGCAUGUGUAUGCCGAUUUAACACCUUAAUGACAGAAUGUUAUUAGUGUAUAGAUCAAUUCCUGUAUCAUACUAAAUAAAUGAAAGGAAAACUAAAUUACUUUCACACAAACUUUGAUUCUAAUAUGUAAAAAUUCAUCUACAAAUUGUGUAUCUACUAUAUACUAUGUAUACUAAUAUUCACUAAUGAGUUAAACUAAUAUAUAUAUAUAAUAAAUAUUGAUAAAAUGAUUAAUAUUCGCUCUUAUACCAACCUGAUGAAGUCCAGUAACUCCCAUUAUUUAGAUGAUGUCUUCAGAUAUGUAACCACUGUCACUUUAAGUGUAGACUACAGCAUGCCCAAGACUUCUUCAGAACAACAGGCUUGUAUUUUUGAGAAGUGUUAUCAGUGUGUGUUUGCUCUCAAGAGUGGUCUUUCGAUGUUGCCAUUUUCGUCCGUAAAGUCUGUGUGCCUACAGUGUGACGUCCACGAGUGUGAGCGUGUCCCGAUGAAUCUAUGCACAGAAUGAAGCGUGCUCUCCGUGUCCUGCGUGAGGUUUCCAUGUGCCUGCUACAACUGUCUUGCGAUUUGAAGAUGUAAUUAAGUCAUAGGUGUGAAUGUGCUUCAAACCACACGAGAAAAGCGUACAAUAUUGAUGUUCGGGUGAGUCUCGUCUUUGUUUUUGGUGCCUAAAAUGCUUGUCUGAUAGCUGGCCUUUCUUCUGUCAUUAGCCACCUCCUAACAACACCUUUGUCUUAUCUAAUGGGAUGUUCACAGAAAUCACAGCUGAGCGACCUGAGAUGUUGAAGCGGCUGCAUGUGGUGCAGGUUUCUGAAGUAUAGGGGUGCAUUGAUGAGGGAAAAGGUGAAUUUCAAAGCUCUGCGUUGUGUUGUGUUUGAGGAAACUGCAUCUGCAAGCUCCACGACUCCAUCACGGGUCGUAACGCUGAAAUGGAAGCGGAGCCCCAGGAGACUCAAAGAGCAAGAGGUGGACAUGACCAGCAUCUUAAAGACCACUCAGCAGAACAGGAGCUUUCACAUCUAUGGUGCCUGAGAGACUAUGGUUUCAUACCUGCUUCUAAUUACCCACUAUAAGAAACCACUAAAGUCACUGGAAGUCCUUUUGCACCACGUGAACUGUCUCCUCCGUCGCUGUUAUGGCCUGAUUAUAGUGUGACAUCCUACUUAGUCUCUUUCUGUACUCCUUUUUGCACAACACAGACGUUUUGUAAAACAUGUCUUUAUUUGAUGUCUACAGAAAAAUAAGGAUAAAUAAAAGAUAAUGACAUGUUG